GGAGAAUUCAGUCACAGCAACAAGCGCUGAACAGAUGCUGAACAGACACAUACUUGGGAAAGCCACAAGCAAAUGAGAGGGGGAUCUCUCUGGCAAUCAAGUUAAAAUGCAACUCUACAACUGCAGCAAAAAAUAAAUAAAAAAUAAAAAAGAAAACAAUAGUGUAAUUUUUCCCAGCUAUUGGUAUCUUCCACUGAGCCUUCUGAAAUCUAAGCUAUAGGAAAUACUAAAAGUUGGAGGUCUUAACUACAAACAUGGACAGAUGUGUGUACACUCUCAUCUUAAGAAAACUUCAAUUUGUUUUUAAAGGAAGGAAACGAUUUUGGCUCUGAUUGCUUGGUCUGGGUACGUGUACGGUGCCUUAAAGAAGUAGAUGACCAGCUUAGCUACUGACCAUGCUGAGCACUGUCCAGAAUUGGAUCGAAUCACAGAAAAACAGUGAAUGGCUCUCUCUUAUAGAAUGUCUGAGCAAAGCAGAAUUCCUGAGCACGAUCUGCAGAGUUUAUUUGAUCGCUUAAUUUCUUCUAACCAGUCUGGAUUACAGACAAAAUCAAUACCGGAGGAAAUGAAACAGAUUGUCGAAGAACAGGGAAAUAAACUGCACUGGGCAGCUCUUCUGAUACUCAUGGUGAUAAUCCCCACAAUUGGUGGAAACGUCCUUGUUAUUCUGGCUGUUUCACUGGAGAAAAAGCUGCAGUAUGCUACCAAUUACUUUCUAAUGUCCUUGGCGGUGGCUGAUUUGUUGGUUGGAUUAUUCGUGAUGCCAAUCGCCCUCUUGACAAUAAUGUUUGAGGCUAUGUGGCCCCUCCCACUUGUUCUGUGUCCUGCCUGGUUAUUUCUUGAUGUUCUCUUUUCAACUGCAUCCAUCAUGCACCUCUGUGCCAUUUCAGUGGAUCGUUACAUAGCCAUCAAAAAGCCAAUCCAGGCCAAUCAAUGUAACUCCAGAGCUACUGCGUUCAUCAAGAUUACAGUGGUGUGGUUAAUUUCAAUAGGCAUUGCCAUUCCAAUACCCAUUAAAGGCAUAGACACUGAUUUGUAUAAUCCAAACAAUAUUACCUGUGAGCUGACAAAGGAACGUUUUGGCAAUUUCAUGCUCUUUGGCUCCAUGGCUGCCUUCUUCACACCUCUGGCCAUCAUGAUUGUCACCUACUUUCUCACUAUCCAUGCUUUACGGAGGAAAGCUUACUUGGUCAAAAACAAGCCACCUCAACGCCUAACAUGGCUAACUGUGUCCACAGUUUUCCAAAGGGACGAAACACCUUGCUCAUCACCUGAAAAGGUGGCAAUGCUGCAUGGUUCUCGUCAGGACAAGACUGUGCCCAACUCAAGUGAUGAAACACUUAUGCGACGGAUGUCCACAGUUGGAAAAAAGUCAGCACAAACAAUUUCCAAUGAACAAAGAGCUUCAAAGGUCCUUGGAAUUGUGUUUUUCCUCUUUUUGCUUAUGUGGUGUCCCUUUUUUAUUACAAAUAUUACUUUAGCUUUGUGUGAUUCCUGUAACCAGACUACUCUUAAAAUGCUCCUGGAGAUAUUUGUGUGGAUAGGCUACAUUUCUUCAGGAGUAAAUCCUCUUGUCUACACCCUCUUCAAUAAGACAUUUCGGGAUGCAUUUGGCAGAUACAUCACCUGCAAUUACCGGGCUACAAAGUCAGUAAAAACUCUAAGAAAAUGCUCUGGUAAGAUCUAUUUCCGGAAUGCGAUGGCAGAGAACUCUAAAUUUUUCAUGAAACAUGGAAUUCGAAAUGGGAUUAGUCCUGCCAUGUAUCAGAGCCCAAUGAGGCUCCGAAGUUCAACCAUUCAGUCUUCAUCAAUCAUUCUACUGGAUACACUCUUCCUCACUGAAAAUGAAGGUGACAAAACUGAAGAGCAAGUCAGUUAUGUAUAGCAGAACUCACAGGUUUCACCUGACAUAACAACAAGGAAGG